AAGAAAUGUGUAAUAAAGAGCCUCGGUUUCAUGUGCCAUUAUAACAAUGCAAAUAUUUUCCGGCAAAUAUUAUGGGAUACAUGCCCUUCUGCAGGAUAUAAAAGCAUACCCCAUUCCGCCACUCCCUCACUCUGGUGUCUGGUCUCGCUAGCGUUCACUAGGCUUGAGCUCAAUUCUUGUUAGAGAUCGUUUUUCCUUCCGAGUUUUUGAAAUCAAGAGAAGAAGAAUGUUUCGCUGGGUAGCUGCUGCUGUCUUGGUGCUGGGACUUGUGGGGUUCCUGACCGCCGACGCCAUGAACGAGGAAGAGGAGUUGGAAUUCUUGAUUGAUCGUGUCCUGAAGGAAGUAACCGAAGACAAGAAGUCUGAAGUCUCCCAAACAGGUCCCAAGCCGCUCUGUAUCUUUAGUAAGCCGGCCUCACAAAGCUCGUCCCACGGCAGCGGGCUCUUUCCAGCGGGAAACGCAGUGGACGGCAGCCUCUCUUCAGAUAUGGCGCAUUGUUCGCACACCGUUGCUCAAACUUCGAAUCCGUGGUGGAGAGUCGAUCUUGGAGCGGACCACUGUAUCAGCAAAGUCGAAAUUCUGAACCGUGGAGACUGCUGCAGCGAACGUCUGGCAGGCGCUGUUGUCCGCGCUGGUGACAGCACCACUGUCACCGACAACCCGACUUGUGGCUCACCUGUCACCGCUGACCAAGCCCAACCACUCGGUGGUACCAUCGAGUUUGAUUGCUCUCCGGCGUUGAGGGCCCGCUACGUCAGCGUGGAUAUCCCCGGUACCGCAACCUUGCAACUUUGUGAGGUCACUGUACAGGAAUUGCCCCUUGAUCAAUGUUCCACGAGCUUUGAUAUCGUUGGUAAGCCUGCCUCACAAAGCUCGUCCCAUGGCAGCGGAAACUUUCCGGCAGGAAACGCAGUGGACGGCAGUCCUUCAUCACAAAUGGCGCAUUGUUCGCACACCGUUGCCGACACGAUGAACCCCUGGUGGAAAGUCGAUCUCGAGGAAGAGCAAUGCGUUACCAAGGUUACCAUCCUGAACCGUGGAGACUGCUGCAGUGAACGACUGCAGGGCGCCCAGGUUCGUGCUGGAAUGAGCGGCACCGUCACACAGAACGCGGCAUGCGGGGCACCAGUUACCAGCACUCAAGCACAACCUUUAGGAGGGACCAUCGAGAUUGACUGCGAUAAACCGUUGAGGGCGCGCUACGUGAGCGUCGAUAUUCCGGGCACUGCUACUCUGCAACUCUGUGAGGUCUACGUUGAUGUGCUGCUGUCCUCCGGAAGUUGCUAAGCAUCUUCUCGACCGGUACCUCCCCGUGAAUCAGGAACGGAUUUGACGAUGCCCAUCUUCGAAUUAAGACCGAUUAACAAUCGUAUUCUCUAGAGUUAUUGUGAAUGGAUUUUUUUCAUGUUAAUUCUUUUCACAGGAACCAAUAUAAACUGGAAAUUUUGCUCUUAAAUUAGAUCUUAGGUACAUGUCAUACAUUGUUACAAAUGCAGCACUUCCCCCCCCCCCCCUCCCCAGCUAUGGAUAGAAAUCCCCUCAUAAAAAAAUGAAGAAAGGGUAACAAGAAAAAUAACAUAAGGGGGGCAAUUAAAUAAUAGAGUGUUAAGGUUCGUAUAAUCAGUGCCUCACAACCACGACUAUAUACUCUCUCCCACCUUUUAACAUAUUACGAAGGAAAACAAAUUUGAUAUUGUCCGCUUUGAAGAGCGCCCCCAUUAGUCAAAUUGUAUUCCCUCUUCCCCUUUCUGACGUCGUAAAAAAGGCAGCCACUUCAUACAGCAUUAGCAUUGUGCCACAGUGCACCAAGGCCAUGAAAAGUCCUAGUGCCCCCCCCCCCUUUGCUUUUCAUAUUCAAUUUUGGCCGGAAAAUUGUCCGACCCACUUUUUCGGGAACAGAACAAUGUUUGCCCCCUCCCCCCCCCCCCCCAAAAAAAAAAAUUUGUUGUUUUUGCGGCCUUGCCCACACACACUUUUCUCGUGAAGCAGCCGGGCGAAAGAAAGAAAAUCUGGCUACCAGCCCUCUUUGCACGGUCGUGAUAUUGCCCCCAGUGGAAUAACAUCGUGGCAACUCCCAUGCUUUCAGAUAAUACAGUAGUCCUACAAUGUGUGGUUGUCGGAAUUUUCAACUUAAGGACAUCACAUUGGUGUUAUAUUUUAGCUUCAUUUUGCUUUUAUUAAGGGUUGAAAGGAAAUAUGAAAAACAACACAGAACGGUGGUGGUGUCAUAUUGUUUUAUAAUAGUUAUAUUGUUUUUGUUCUUUUUAUUUGUUUUUACGUUUGAAUUUAUUGUUUGGUGUUAUGCAUGGUUAAUUGUCAAAAAGGCUUAUUAAAACUUCCCUCAGCAUGAAAA